AUGGUACCAAACGAAAACCAUCAGUUUAAUGGGAUUAUCCAGUUACUUCAACAUUUUGGAUGGACUUGGGUUGGACUCGUUAUUCAGGAUGAUGAUGGUGGAGAGCAUUUCUUGCGGACCCUGGAACCAUUGCUUUCCAAGAGCAGAAUCUGUUCAGCCUUUACAAAAAGAAUCCCAAAACAAGCCUAUGUGAAUAAGUAUGAAGAUAUUGAAGAUAUACUUACAAAUAUUUAUCUACCUUUCAUACACAGCAAAGCCAGCACAUUUAUCCUCUAUGGAGGUUCUCUGACCUUUAUGUGCCUGGUUACUUUUAUGCUUCUAGGAGAUCCUGGCUUUGAAGGAAGCACAUCACUUAAAAUGGCAUGGGUUACGACAGCCCAGAUUGAUUUCACACUAACAGGUCUUCAAAGAGGAUUUGAUUUGCGACUCUUCCAAGGUGCUCUUUCUUUCACCAUUUAUUCAAAGCAACUUCUAGGCUUCCCAGAAUUUCUUCGGACCAUAAAGCCCUCCAGGACAAAUAAAGAUGGUUUUCUCAAGGAUUUCUGGGAGCAAGCAUUUGACUGUUCAUUUCCAAAUCCCCAAGAGAUGGAGGAGGUGAAUGGAUCAUGUACUGGAGAAGAAAAGCUAGAGAACCUUCCAGAGCCCCUUUUUGAAAUGAGCAUGACUGGCCACAGCUAUAGUAUCUACAAUGCUGUCUAUGUGGUGGCCCAUGCUUUGCAUGCUAUUAAUUCAGCUAAAUCCAGCCACAGAGUCAUGGUUAGUGGUAAAAAUGUUGAACUCCAAGAACUCCAGCCUUGGCAGCUCCACCCAUUUCUUCAAAACAUUUCAUUCAAUAAUUCAGUUGGAGAAACAGUGUUCUUUAAUGACAAAAGGGAAGUGGGAUAUGGAUUUGAUAUCAUCAACAUAAUCAUGUUGCCAAACAAGUCCUUCCGUCGAGUAAAAGUUGGAUGGGUAGAUCCCCAUGCUCUUGAAGGAAAAGAGUUCAUCAUUCACACAAACAUGAUUACAUGGCACAGUGGUUUUAACCAGGUGCUUCCUCUUUCUGUGUGCAGUGACUCCUGCCAACCCGGUUAUCAGAAGACGAAGAGGGAAGGGGAGGCAUUUUGCUGCUAUGAUUGUGCUCAAUGCCCAGAAGGGAAGAUUUCAAAUCAAAAAGAUGUGGAUACUUGUUUCCAGUGCCCAGAAGAUCAAUACUCAACAAAAGAACAAGAUCAAUGUAUUCCCAAGAUUAUAACUUAUAUGUCUUAUGGAGAACCUUUAGGAAUCAGUUUAUGUUCAGUUGCUGUUUCUUUUUCUCUCAUCACAGCUGUAGUGCUAGUAACUUUUGUUAAGCACAAAGAUACCCCCAUUGUCAAAGCCAACAACCGGGGCCUCACCUAUGCUCUCCUCAUCUCCCUCUUGCUCUCCUUCCUCAGUUCCUUGCUAUUUCUUGGGCAACCUAGGAAGUUCACCUGCUCGCUUCGGCAAUCUGCUUUCAGCAUCAUCUUCUCUGUGGCUAUUUCUUGUGUGUUGGCCAAAACCAUCACUGUGGUUGUUGCUUUCAAGGCCAACAAACCAGGGUCCAAUAUGAGGAAGUGGGUAGGGAAAAGACUGGCCAUCUCCAUUGUCCUUUCCUGUUCCUUGAUUCAAGCAGGCAUCUGUGUAAUGUGGCUGGCAACCUCUCCCCCAUUUCCAGAUCUGGACAUGCAGUCAGUAUCUGGACGGAUCAUAUUAGAAUGCAAUGAAGGGUCUGUCAUCAUGUUUUAUGUUGUCCUGGGAUACAUGGGGAUUCUGGCCAUCAUCAGCUUCACAGUGGCUUUCCUUGCCAGAAAGUUGCCAGACACCUUCAAUGAAGCCAAGUUCAUCACCUUCAGCAUGUUGAUGUUUUGCAGUGUUUGGCUGUCUUUUAUUCCGACCUACCUCAGUGUCAAAGGGAAAUACAUGGUGGCUGUGGAGGUAUUUUCCAUCUUGUCAUCUAGUGCUGGUUUACUGGGUUGUAUCUUUUUACCAAAAUGUCACAUUAUUAUGCUGAGGCCUGAUCUAAACAGCAGGGGACAGUUAAUAAGGAGAAAAAGUUAA